AUGCGCCUAGCCAUCAUAGCGACGCUCGUCGCAACGCCGGCAGCGCUCGUACGACCGCAGCAGCGCGCGCCGUCGCUCGCGACGUGGUGGGGGCGCGCCGCCGCGCAGCAGCGCCGCGCCGCGCCGGAGCACUUCGACGCCGUCGUCGUCGGCAGCGGCAUCGGCGGCCUCUCGGCGGCGUCGGUGCUCUCGUCCUUCGGCCGCAAGGUGCUCGUCGUCGAGGCCCACGACCACGCGGGCGGCUGCGCGCACGAGUACGAGGUCGACGGCUUCCGCUUCGAGAACGGCCCGUCGCUCUACGCGGGCCUGUCGCCCGCGGCGUCGCCGAACCCGCUCAAGCACGUCUUCCAGAUCAUCGGCGAGGAGCCGUCGUGGAUCACCUACGACCGCUGGGGCACGGCCUUCCCCGAGGGCACCUUCGCCGCGGCCGUCGGCGGCGAGGACUUUCGCGAGCGGAUCCUGCCGACGUACGGCGGGCCGGGCGCGGCGGACCAGUUCGAGCGCUUGAUGAAGCGCGUCGAGCCCCUGGGCGAGGCCAUCUUCGGCGUGCCCGCGGCGGCCGUGCGCGAGGACGCGUUCGCCGCGGUGACGCUGGGCCGCUACCUGCCGCAGAUGGCGAAGCUGCUUCUGGUCGGCCCCGCGCCGGCGCUCUCGAAGCCCUUCUCGGAGGUCCUGGACGCCGAGGGCGUCACGGACCCGUUCCUGCGGAACUGGCUCGACAUGAUCUGCUUCCUGCUGCAGGGCGCGACGACGGACGAGGCGCCGACGACGCUGAUGGCGUACAUGCUGUCCGACUUCUACAAGGACGGCGUGCUGCUCGACUUUCCCCGCGGCGGCACGAAGAGCAUCGUGGACGCGCUGAUCCGCGGCGUCACGAAGCACGGCGGCGAGGUGCGGCUCAAGUCCCCCGUCGCGAGCGUCUCCGUGAAAGACGGCGCCGCCGCGGGCGUCGUGCUCGAGGACGGCACGGCCGUCGCCGCGGACGUCGUCGUGUCGAACGCGGACCUCUGGACGACGCGGAAGCUCGUGGCGUCGACGGCGCACGCGCCGCUUCUCGACUACCUCGACGGCCAGGCGGCGCGCGUGACGCGCUGCGAGUCGUUCCUCCAUUUGCACGUCGGCAUCGACGCCGCGGGGCUGCCGUCGGAGCCGUCGGAGGCCUUCCCCGCGCAGUGGGCGGCGCUCGACGACUGGGACGCCGGCGUCGGCGCGCCGCGGAACCUCGUGCUCGUCUCCGUCGCGUCGCUGCUCGACGCGUCGCUCGCGCCGGACGGCUGCCACGCGAUCCACGCGUACGUGCCGGCGACGGAGCCCUUCGAGGACUGGGAGGCGUUCGCCGAGAGCGGCGGCUACCAGUCCCGGGCCUACCGCGCGGCCAAGGAGGAGGCCGUCGACGUGCUGUGGAAAGCCAUCGAGCGCUACAUCCCGGACGUCCGCGACCGCGUGAAGAUCGCGCUGCCCGCGACGCCGCUCACGCACCGGCGCUUCAACCGCCGCGACCGGGGCACCUAUGGGGCCUACCUGCCCGCGUCGACGGGCGAGCAGCUCAUGGGCCACGCGACGCCCCUCGACAACUUCUACGUCUGCGGCGACAGCACGUUCCCGGGCAUCGGCAUGCCCGCGGUCGCCGCGUCGGGCAUGAUCACCGCGGCGUCGAUCCUCUCGCCCCGGGAGCACUGGGCCAUGCUCGACCGGAUUAAGAACUAG